CUUUCCUGCCUUGUUCCGGGUUCUCAGGAACACUAGCACGUGCAGUCUUAUCAUGGUGUUCUUCUGGAGCUUCUGAAACUUCAGCACGUGCUCUCCCCUCUCUUUAAACUCAUAUCACUGUCGUAACUAGGAAGCUUGUGACGGAUAUAUUUACAUUCAUCUGGACUGUGUCUUCUUUACUAGUAGACUAUGAACGCCACAAUGAAAUACAUUCUGGUCACGGGAGGUGUGAUCUCAGGGAUUGGGAAAGGCAUCAUCGCCAGCAGUGUCGGGACUAUCCUGAAGUCAUGCGGCCUUCAUGUUACAGCCAUUAAAAUCGACCCGUACAUCAACAUUGAUGCUGGGACAUUCUCUCCCUAUGAACAUGGUGAAGUGUUUGUGUUGGAUGAUGGAGGAGAGGUGGACCUGGAUCUGGGGAACUACGAGCGCUUCUUGGACAUCCGUCUAACCAAAGACAACAACCUGACCACUGGCAAGAUCUACCAGUCGGUCAUUAACAAAGAGCGACAAGGAGACUAUCUGGGCAAGACCGUGCAGGUGGUGCCACACAUAACAGAUGCCAUUCAGGAAUGGGUGAUGAAGCAAGCCAAGAUUCCUGUGGAUGAUGAUGGACUGGAACCUCAAGUGUGUGUUAUUGAAUUGGGCGGCACUGUCGGAGACAUCGAGAGCAUGCCUUUCAUCGAGGCGUUCAGACAGUUCCAGUUUAAAGUGAAGAAGCAAAAUUUCUGUAACAUUCAUGUCAGUCUUGUUCCCCAGCCUAGUGCUACAGGUGAGCAGAAGACCAAACCCACGCAGAACAGUGUGAGGGAGCUGAGAGGGCUCGGCCUUUCUCCAGACCUGAUCAUGUGCCGCUGUUGCACUCCGCUUGAGAACUCUGUGAAGGAGAAGAUCUCCAUGUUCUGUCAUGUGGAGCCCGAACAGGUAAUAUGCGUCCAUGACGUGUCCUCCAUCUACAGAGUGCCACUGCUGCUGGAGGAGCAGGGUGUAGUAAACUUCUUUUGCCGAAGGCUCGAUCUGCCCAUUGAGGGCAGGCCCAGGAGGAUGCUCGCUAAAUGGAAAGAGAUGUCAGACAGGUCAGACAGACUGUUGGAGCAUUGUUCCAUUGCCUUGGUUGGGAAGUACACAAAGUUCUCUGACUCGUAUGCUUCGGUUAUUAAAGCCCUGGAGCACUCAGCCCUCGCCAUCAACCAUAAACUAGAGGUUAAAUAUAUCGAUUCUGCAGAUUUGGAGCCCGUUACUCUGCAGGAAGAGCCUGUGAAAUACCAUGAAGCUUGGCAGAAGCUGUGUAGUGCAGAUGGUAUUUUGGUACCGGGAGGUUUUGGAGUCAGAGGGACUGAAGGCAAGAUUCGGGCCAUCAGCUGGGCCCGCGAAAAGAAGAAACCCUAUUUAGGUGUGUGUUUGGGAAUGCAGCUUGCAGUCUGUGAAUUCGCCAGGAAUGUGCUCGGCUGGGCAGAUGCUAACUCCACCGAGUUUGACCCAGAAUCAAAACACCCUGUGGUGAUCGAUAUGCCUGAGCACAAUCCAGGACAAAUGGGCGGCACGAUGAGGCUAGGAAAGCGACGGACCAUUUUCAAGAACGAGACUAGCAUAUUGAGAAAGCUUUAUGGAGGUGCAGACUAUGUUGAUGAAAGGCACAGACAUCGUUUUGAAGUCAAUCCAGAGCUGAAGCAGCAUUUUGAGAAGAAGGGCUUCCGCUUUGUGGGGCAAGAUGUGGAGGGAGAGAGGAUGGAGGUUAUAGAGCUGGAUGAUCAUCCAUAUUUCGUGGGUGUACAGUACCAUCCCGAGUUCACAUCCCGGCCAAUGAAGCCCUCCCCACCGUAUUUUGGUCUGCUGCUGGCUGCAGCUGGAAAACUACACAGCUACCUACAGAGAGGUUGCCAGCUCUCGCCACGAGAUAUGUAUAGCGAUCGCAGUGGCAGCAGUUCUCCAGAUUCCGAGAUCGCAGAGUUCAAACUGCCCUCUAUCUCCCAGGACGGAUCAAACCAAUAAAAGGACUGCAGUAUUUUCCAAAGGAAGAAAUGCACACAAGAGUUGGCUCUGAUUUUUGAAUAGCCUGUUUUAUUGCAAGUUUAUUGGCAAAGGUGUAUAGUUUUCAUUAUUACAUUUUUUCUGCCAAGCAACUGGUGGUUACUGCAAAAGCAUGUUUUUUUGUUUUAUUUUCAGCAGCACACAUGUAAUGCUAUAUAUUACUGUCUAAACAAGUGAAUUCAGGUUUAUUGUAUUUGGCUGAGACAUCUUUAACUUGUAUCAAGAAAAGGGAGUAGGCAAAAUGUAGAAAGGUCAACUGCAUAAUUUAUACAUUUAACCAUGUUUGUUUGUUUAAAAUGUGUUUUGUCAUUGUAAUAAAAAAAAAAUGAGGACAAGA